UUCUAUUUCCACAAACACUGUUAUCUUGAGCUAUAAAUUGUAUCAAGUCGUCGACGAGUCUUACCAUUUGCAAGUUUGUCUUCGUUCGACAGUAUACUAAGUAUUGGUGGUUUUCCGCGUGUGAUUCGUUCAUCUCAUUUGUUUUGAAGCCAAUGACAGAGUGUUUAAAUAACCACUUUCUUUGUUGUACACACUUCCUGUAAACUGAAAAUAAGAAAUAAUGAAGCAUUAUGUUGGAGACAAUGUCGUCGAUAUUCAUCAGACUGACAAUUCAAUUCAGUCAGUCAUUGGAAAAUAUGUUACUCUCACAAAACUAGAGGGUCGUGACGAGUCCCUCAUCGUCUGUAAUAUUGGCGACGUCGUCUACAAGUUCAACAACUGGUUGAGGAAGAUUCCACGCGUCAAGCCGUUCUAUGCGGUCAAAUGCAACGAUGACUGCGUAGUUCUGAAAAUUCUUGCUGAUCUGGGAGCGAACUUCGACUGUGCAAGCAGGGCUGAGAUUCAGAAGGUCCUGUCUAUGGGUGUGUGUCCGUCGCGCAUCAUCUAUGCACACCCUUGCAAGCAGUCUUCCAUGAUUCGCUUUGCUGCUGAGAACAACGUCGAAAUGAUGACUUUCGACAAUGAGUCCGAAUUGCAUAAACUGAAAAGUCUCUUCCCUACUGCCAAACUGGUUCUUCGCAUCCUGCCAUCCAGCAACUUCAAAGUCCUGUGCGAUCUGGGCAUAAAGUUCGGUGUGAACCCGGUUAAUGCAAUCCAUCUCUUGCGCGCUGCCAAGAGCCUCAACCUAGACGUCAUGGGCGUCAGUUUUCACGUUGGUAGCGGAUGCCAGGACCCGGAAGCGUUUGCAGAAGCCAUUCAACAGGCCCGCAUGGUGUUCGAUCAGGGACGCGACAUCGGGUUCAACAUGACGCUGCUCGACAUCGGUGGCGGCUUUCCAGGCCACGCCAGAGCGCCCGUUUCCUUUGAUGAUUAUUGUUUUCAGAUAUCUCAGGUUGUGAACAUGGCUUUGGACAAGCAUUUCCCAGCUGAGGAAAGCGUGGAAGUGAUUGCAGAACCAGGCCGCUACAUGGUAGCUUCGGCUUUCACGCUCGCCGUCAACGUCAUUUCCAAGCGAAUAGAGGCCCGUGGCCAGCAUGGCGAAAAAGGGGAAAUAACUGAUCCCGUAGUGAUGUAUUACGUCAGCGAUGGGAUCUACGGCUCUUUUAACUGUCUUCAAAAUGACCACGCGGCUGAGGUGAAAAUAAAGCCAGUCAAGUACGUAGAUGUCAGUGACAUGACCUUCGAGAGCAGCAUGUGGGGGCCAACGUGUGCAGGAGAGGACUGCAUCCUGACGAACGUGCAGCUCCCCAUGCUUGAGGUCAAUGAAUGGUUCUACGUUGAGAACAUGGGGGCGUACACGAUCGCUGCUGCGUCCACCUUCAACGGCAUGCAGAACCCCAGAUGUGUCUAUUACUGCGUUGCUGACGUUUGGUUUGACGUCUACCCAGAGAAAGUUAACAAUGGCGCCUUAGCAUGCAUCCCAUAUCUGCGAAAGGGCCAGUCUCUGCAGGACACCUUCGAGACGGCCUCUAAGCUGUCAAGUGAGAACAACAUAAUUUUUGACGAGUGAAACCACACAACAUUCUUCGUCACAACUGCAAAUGGAUUGAACAACACACCGAAAAAAAUGACCUGAUACUGUUUUUCUGAUGUGUGCGUUUUCCGCUUGCAACGUUUUGAAAUUUAAACAUGUUAUUUUGACAAUUUGUGUUUUAUCAGAAACCUGUUUUAAGAAAAGAGGAUAAUUUUGGGGGAGGGCUAAUGUUUAUGCUUUGUAUUUUCUUUCCUGCUAAUCUGCGAUUCUAUACAAAAAAGAGUACACUAAGAAGAAAUUCAAUUAAAACAUAUUUCUGAACAUUAUGCCUCUGUUUUUAUAUUUUUACCAUGGCUUAUUCUUUAUUUAGGUUGUAUUUGUUUAAGCACUUGCACUAAAGAUAGCAUUACGUUAUUUCUGAACCCUAUCAGUAUUUAUUUAUGACUAAGCUUUAUAUGUGUUAACAAAGAGUGGCUUAAUUGUGUGUCAACAUAUUGAAGACCAGCGUUCUGCUCAUUUUGUAUUUGCCCACGAAAUUUAUGAACACACAUGUUUUAAAAGCUACAUUAACGCUGUGGUUGUCAUCGCUGCUAAUAUUAUGUUUGAAAAACACACUUUUAUUUAUUAAACUGAACUUUAUUGUUAUUCAGGGUCAUGUAUUUUAGAAGUGAAAAAGUUUUAUAAUUUACUAAGUUUUUGUAGUAUAUGGUAUUACGCAAAAAUACAUGAAAUUUCAAAUUUAGGUCGAAAUAUUCAUAAUUUAAACCGUUCGAAAUAUAUUCAAUGUUACCACAUGUUUCCAUAAUGAUUAUUAACUUACCUCUUAGAUUUUGCGCUCUGUAAGAUGAGUAGUGUCGUUCUUAUUUUAUGCAAGAAUGUUAAAAAGACGUAUAAAAUCAUUUACAAAAGACACCAUAGUUUUGUAUUAUCUUGCCUAUUUAUGCAUAUCCGCAAUGUUUUGAUUUUCAGAAGUAAGCAUUAUGUUUGCUUUAAAUGCUAUAAUUCGGCUAGUGUAAAAGAUGCAGGUCUUUAUGAUUGUAUUGAAAUUAAUGCUAUCUUCGCUGAACUAUAUUUUAUUGUAUGCAGAUUUAGCAAAGUGUGGAAUUAGAUACGUCUGCUAUUUCAGAGGUUAGACGAAAACACAGACGGCAAAAUUUUACAAAUAGAAUGGAUACAAUAGAGUAAAGAUCUUUCCGAAAUAUAUCAUUGCCUCGUU